AGUGCAGGAUGCGGGAGAAUAAAAUUCUUUGCGGGACUCCCGCAAAAUAGAAAUUAUCCAAACAUAAAAUGUCUAAAACAUACAAAUUGUUAUUUAUCUGUUGCACAAAAGCAAAAAGAACAGCUAAUAUUACCAUUCAAAUUAUUAACAUGCGCAAGCUAGGCAGAGUUUCUUUUUAUUGUAACGGGAUGAACAAGACGUGAGGCGAGCGGAUUUAUAAACAUAGUCAAAACUCAGGCAGGGUUGAACACCAGCAAACAGAUAUGUUGAGGGCAAGACGCAAGAGUAUUCCUAGGGCAAAGGUGGGUCUUCGAUCGGCAAACAAUAUCCAGAGGGUUUGACAAAAUAAUCCGAUAACGUGAGCAAUAAUCCAGGCGAGGUGCAAACAUAAUCCAAAAAGGCAAGACAAAGGGAAAAUCCACAACAGAACAAUGAUCAGGAAAUGAGCAAUGAACAGGACUAGACUGACUUAGACAACUAGCAAAACUUAAGCAGGCUCCGUAAAGUAGCUAUCAGCUAUGACAGUGAUGAACGCUAAACAAUACUCGGCAGUGAGAAAGAGGAAGUCCAUGGUUUAUGUACUGUAGAGUGUGUGAUUGGCUACAGCCAUGUGCAUAAUCAGAGUGAAAUGGAUUGUGGGAACUGAAGUCCAGUGUAAGUGUAACAGUCUGUGUAGUGUGAGAGUCAAUAUGAUGGAAGGUGCGACCUCUGGUGACAAUCGGACAGAAAACCACGGACCAGAUUCGUGACAUAUAUAACACGUGUUUAAAGGGUUGCGCAAUGUAGCCAAUCACAGACUCGGCUGCUGAUUUCUGGAACGCAAUGGCUAAGGUGAUUAAGUUAGAAUCCAUUCUCAUUUUAACAUGCAAAGUAUAGACAUUGUAAAAGAUUCAUUGUGUUAUAACAGAGCUUUAUGAGAUCGCGAUGAAUGGAGAUGUCAGCUUUUAGUGAUAAUAAAGGAAGCGCUGCUCGCAUUUUGCCAUGCCUAACCAUGCACGCAGCAGCUCAUGCUUGCUUUUCUGUUAAAAAUAACAGUGGUUUGUGAAUGUUGAUGCUUAGCCUAAACAACAAAUAUUUUAUCGGGAGCGUUUAUGCUGGGAUGUUGUGAAGUUUAGGAGAUGUUACAGAACCAUUAGCAACGGAGGUGUUGGAUUAUUAGAAAAAUAAUAUUUAUUUGUUUGGCCAGUGUCGUUGUGGGGUAAUGAGACCUGCCUGGAACUACGUUUACCGUGCGUUUCCCUGAAAAUAAUUGGGGGACAAAACAUGAAUGUCACGGGCGGGAGCGGGACCAGAUAAGAUAUAUUUCUGCAGGAGCGUGCCAGAAUCUUGCCGGAGCAGGACUGAAAAAUCCGUCCCGAGCAGGACUCUACUUUAACUGAUGGUCUUUGUUCAUGCUAAUCAGUAUCUGGAUUAAGUGUGAAUGUGAUGUCUGUAGGUGUGACCUUCCCUGAUCUCUGUGAUAAUGAGUGUUAUAGUUAUGCUGAUUGGAUUAGAGUUGCUGAAAAUCUGGGUCAAUUCCUGUAACUGCUCACAUGCUUUGCAUACUUAAUCUUCUAAUGACGACCUCCUGAAAUCUGUUUAAAACUACAGUGAUUCAGUGCUUUAGUCAGUCUUGAUGAGAUUCACUCAGUCUCCUGAUCUUCACUUCUGAGUUUCCUACAGGUGUAAAGGGAUAUUGCAGAUCCACAUGACACUAUUAUAAAGAUGGCAUUUAUUAAAGAGGAGAGUGAAGACAUGAAGAUUGAAGAAACAUUCAGAGUCAAACAUGAAGAUACUGAAGAACAAGCAGACCUGACUACACUGAAAGAGGAGAGUCAAGAACUCAGUAAAGAAGAGGAUAUCUUUCAUUCUGAAAAGACACGAAAAAGUGCUCAAAAGACAGCAAAUAGAAUAUAUUUCACCUGCCAACAGUGUGGAAAGAGUUUCAACAGUAAAGGAAACCUUGAAGUCCAUGUGAGAGUUCACACUGGAGAAAUGCCUGACACCUGCAAACUGUGUGGAAAGAGUUUCAUUAGAAAAGCAAACCUUAAAUACCACAUGAGAAUUCACACUGGAGAGAAACCUUUCACCUGCCAACAAUGUGGAAGGAGUUUUACUAAAAAAGGAAACCUUAAAGACCACAUGAGAAUUCAUUCUGGAGAGAAGCCUUACACCUGCAAACUGUGUGGAAAGAGUUUCAUUCAAAAAUCAAACCUUAAAAACCACAUGAAAAUUCACACUGGAGAGAAACCUCACACAUGUUCUCAAUGUGGAAAAAGUUUUACAUAUAAACAACACCUCGAUAGCCACAUAAGAAUUCACACUGGAGAGAAACCUUUCACCUGCCAACAAUGUGGAAAGAGUUUCGCUGAAAAAGGAAACCUUACGAAACACAUGAAGAUUCACACGUGAGAGAAGCCAUUUAAAUGGUGUUAAUUUGGAUUUAUCUUUUUUGCAUUAGACCUGACAAGUGCUCAAAAGACAGCAAAUAGAAUAUCAGAGUUUUGGACGUAAAGUAGCUCUUUAACAUGUACAAUCACACCGGAGUGAUUACUGUUCAGUGUGUCAUGUGAUUAACUGCUAAAUUAAUAAAUUCAAAAAUGCUUUUGUGCUUUGGCUGGUGCUGAGCCAGAGAUGGAGGUUGUGCUCAGCACUUGUCAUAUGUGUGCUUUAAUAAAAUCAAAGGGAAGCAUUAAAAUGUACCUUAAAAAUGAUGUGCCUUAAAGUGUCAAGAUGAAUUACCAAAUUCAGAAACUGUAAGUUGUCAACAUAAAAAGUUCCUUUUGAAACAGCUAAAUUGCAAUUUUUUUGUACAGUGUGUGUAUGUGAAUAUAAUUUAUUUUUUCC